AUGCGAUCCCUUCCCGACAAGCGCAACCCUCUUAUUGCGCAGGGCGCAGCCCCUUCAUAUGACGAAUUACUCGGUCGCCGAAGGCUGGGGAAGACGAAGCUCACUGUUAAGCCCGGCCAAAUAGGCACCUCGAAUGCGACCAAGGCGGAAAACCUUGGACCGUUCGAAUAUGCUCAUCUACGAGCUCCUCUGCCGGAUGACCUUAGUGGUUCCGAGAUAUUCGCGCCUCAGAAUGGCCAGGCUGCGCCCGAGACAUACUUUCUCAUGAGGAGAAGUAAGGAUGGCUUUGUGAGCGCAACCGGCAUGUUCAAGAUCGCAUUUCCCUGGGCUACCCACGCGGAAGAGAAGACCGAGCGUGACUAUCUGAAGGCGCUUGACUCCACGAGCCAGGACGAAAUCGCUGGUAAUGUCUGGGUUGCGCCUCAAUUUGCACUAGGCUUGGCCUCUGAGUACGGCCUUACAGACUGGAUUCGAGCAUUGCUCGAUCCCGCCGAGAUUACGCAGACCCCAUCAAGCUCCAAAAAGCCGAUUGCCGCACCGCCGAAAUUUGAUCUGCCUAGCGACAAGACAAAGCUGCCGGCUCCGACAAAAACACCUCGGUCGAGGUCGACGAGGUCAUCGUCACCAGCGAAAGCCGCACCAGCAGCCACUCCCUCAAAGAAGACCAACGCUUCGCCUAAAAAACGUCAGACAAAGGCUCAGAAGGAAGCCGCCAUCGCGCAGGCCAAUGCUGCCAGUGCUUCACUGCAGUCGGCUUUGGAUGAUGCUGCGUCUGUUGCAGAGACGGAACCCAAGGCCGACUCACCUAAGGCGCCAGAGUCGUCAUCGAUACCUGCCGAGGAGACAGUAAAGGUCGAAGUCGAUCAGUCGGUCGAGGUUGAUGGAACGACCGAGACAACCCACACCAAUGUGACAAUAGAGAUGCCCGCAGGGUCGCCAGAACUUCCCCUCCCCGAGGACACCGAGAAGAUGCUGGAGACGGCCCGGAAGAUGGUAGAAGAGGCCAAGACCCUAGAGGGCUCCCCUAAGAUUGCACGGAAGCGAAAAGCUCAAGAUCCAGAGCCAUCAGACAUUGACGCAGAACUUCCCGCGCAACCUGCGAAGAAAGCACGAGUACUCGAAGAGAAGCUCAAGAGGGAAAAAGUGAGAACGAGAGCCGUCCUGGGAGUGACAGCGACUUUGGCUAUUGCGUAA